AUGAGUUCGAAGACCGAUUUGAAGCAGCUUUACACGCCUCCGAUGACCAAUAGGAAGUUCGACCUGUCGCAAUCGAUUAAGGAAUCGUAUAAGACUCAGCAGAUUCCGUUGCAAGAGGAUUUACAGGAUGUAGGAAGCAAUGGAUGGAGCACUAAUGUUGAGCUGACUAGAGAGGAGAUAGAUCAGGAAGUGAAUGGCAUAAAUGAGCUUCCCCCAGACCUCUCAAAGCUGAUCGAUGCGUUUAUUAACGACCUGAAGCAACCGAAAUACGUGAAACCACUAAGCAUACUGCAGCUGUCCUCUCUUUUUCAGAACUUCUACACGAAAUUUGACCGGUCCUCAUUUAAUUAUGUGGUGAACACAUCCAAUAAUGGUCAACCAACCUUCCUAGCAGCGAAAGAAACGCUUAGCAGCGGGCUGAGCGGUAUAUUUGCUCGAAGCCGAAGCAGCAGCGGAAGCUCUUUUAAGAGGGAUAGGAGAUCUUCGUCUUUACUCAGUACGGAUUCCAAUAAUGCGACGCCUAUGCUGUCGCCGGAAGAGAUUAACAGGCAGCUGAGAUUGAAUGAGAUUAAUAAUUUGAAGGUUGAGAGGUUUAUGGAAUUAUGUGAACGAGAUGUGUUCCAGCGUUUAUCUAAGGUGGGAACCUCUGUACCAUCACCAUCUAGAGAUGAUAAAGGCAAAAAGGUAACAGAAAGUGACACGCUAAAGGUGGCUAAUUUGUUUCGAAAUAGCCCUGAAUAUGGCGAAUACGAUAAGCUACUGUUUGAAAAAAUGCAACUCCUCUCUAAAUUGGCAGCAGAUGGAAGAAUUGAUUUAGCCAAAUUUUUAGAUCUACCGGACAAUGUGGACCUUAAUAGGUUUGGUGAGAUUCAAAACGUUCUACUCAACCUUGUCUACCAAUCGAUGGGUCCCGGCGAAAAAGUUGAGACACUGCUCAAAGUGCAUCAGUCAAUGAUGUAUUCUCACGUUAUGUCCAAUGAUGAAUUUCUAUCGCUAAUCAUAUUUUAUGCCAUUAAAGUGUGCCCAAAGAACAUAUUCCUCAACGCACAAUUCAUAAGAUUGUUCAGAUACAAGAAAAAACUUGUUCAGAAAGAGCUGUUUGCUCUGACAAACCUGGAAGCUGCUCUUGUGUUUAUUGAAGGGCUAACUCUCUCUGACUUCCCUAGUGAGCUGCUUGAACAAUUAUCGUUGAAUGAGAAGAAGUUACUGGAGAGUGCCAUAAGCAGGAAGAUUUCACUUCCAAAUAAGCCCAAUAUCUCUCAAAAUGUCGAUAAUUGUUCAUCAGAUAUGCAGCAUCCGGAAGUUUUAAGGUCGAACUCCUACGACGGUUUCCGAUCCGCUUUCGAUUCAUCGCUGCGGAACAUCUUUGGCAAGAUGAGAUCUUAUACACCACCCACUUCAUUACAACCAACAUCGCUGCCAAGAUCAACUUCCCAGAGCUCAUUUGAUAAUGAUAGAAGGCAUUGCCACGCCGCUGUACCCAGCUCUAUGAGACGAUUCAAGGAUAGGAGUUUUGAAGAUUUAAAACUAUCAGAAAUGAAGGAAAUAUUUGAAAUUUACCAAAAGCUUGUUAGUUAA